AUGGCAGCGAUCGCAAACGGAACGACCAACGGGAUCGCGAAUGGCAAUCCUACUGCUGGCCCUGUCAGCAUCAGAUUCUCCGACAUUCCCUCGGCGAUCGACAUUCCCGUGCAAGGCGACCAAGAAGACGAAGCAGUCGAAAUCGAUCUCGAAGACCUCGUGGACGACCCUACUGAGCUCUGCACACUAUUCGAGAAUGAACAUGCGGCAAAGACCUACUGGAUGACGGUCGCGUUGGCCUAUGCGAAGCAGCAUAAAAUCGAUCAUGCUAUCGAGAUGCUUCUACGUGGCGGCGGCGCUAUCCAGAGUAACGCCAGUAACCCACGCGACAAAGUCAGCAUGAUCUGCUGCCUUUGCUGGAUGUAUCUCUGGAAGAGUCGUGAGGCUCCGCGUGUCGCCCCCGACGGCGUCCGACUCUCCGAGGCGAAGACCAAGGAACACUAUCUUCAGCUCGCGACAUCGUCGCUGAACGACGCUGCUCGUCUCAACCCUUCUUUUCCACCCAUCUUUCUUGCCCGCGGCGUCUUACUUCUUCUGAGAGCCUCGCUUCAGGCUCCAUCCAAGACGGCUGGUGGCAUUGGUACCGAAAAGCAAGAGCUUUUGAAGACGGCUGUCAAGUCAUUCGACGACGCGCUCAGAGUUUCUCAAGGCAAGAAUAUGCUUGCUUUGAUGGGAAAAGCGCGCGCAUUCUUCUCGCAGCAAAAGUACCCUGACUCCUUGGCCAUUUAUCAAGAUGUAUUGCAGAAGAAGCCGGACCUAGUCGACCCUGAUCCGCGCAUCGGCAUUGGCUGCUGUUUCUGGCAGCUCGGAUUCAAAAAAGAUGCCAAAACUGCCUGGGAGAGAAGUUUGGAGAUCAACCCCGACUCCAAGGUUCCCAAUAUCCUGCUUGGUUUAUAUUACCUCGAUGCUAGUGGUCACGUCCCUGUCAACAGCGAGGACUUUGUUAAGCUCUACAAAAAGGCCAUGACCGAGUAUACUCAAAAAUCAUUCAAACUUGACAAAAAUCUCCCUUUAACUUGCUCAACCUUCUCCAACUACUUUCUAUCACGCAAAUCGUGGGACAACGCCGACAAGCUUGCUCACAAGGCCAUCCAGUAUACUGACGUCAAUGCCAUUGCCAGUGAUGGCUGGUACGUACUAGCCAGAAAAGCUCACUACAAUGGCGACACAGACAACGCCAACGACUUCUACCGACGUGCCGAUGAUGCGCGCGGAGGAACAGACACUGGCUACUUUCCUGCCAAAUUCGGUGCUGCGCAACUGUCUGUGCUAAAGAAUGACCUGGGCGAGGCCAAGCUACGUCUUGAAAAGAUGAUUCAGCAGUCAAAAAGCCAUGAAGCCAUGAUUCUUCUUGGGACUUUGUACGCCGAGGAAAUCUUUGCCAGCCAGACGAGUGAUGUCAAAGAGGACAAGUCGGCGGAGAUGAAAAAAGCCAUCAAUCUCUUGGAAGCGGUCCGAAAUGCUUGGAAGGACCCAAAGAGGAAUGCCUCUCCAGAUGCUUCCGUCCUGCUCAACCUCGCUAGACUCUACGAAACCGAGAAUCCUGAAAAGGCGCUCCAGUGCUUACAGCAGGUAGAGCAACUGGAACUGGAACAGAUCCCGACUUCGGAGUAUCCCGAGGGUGUUACAGAGGAAGCUGAAGUUCAGGCUGCUAUCCGCAAGUUUCUCCCUCCCCAACUCUUGAAUAAUAUUGGCUGCUUCCACUUCCAGGCGGAAAAGCAUGUUUUGGCAAGCGAAAUGUUUGAAGCAGCUCUUGGCGCGUGCAUGAAAAUGAGCGAAAAAGAUGGCACUGUUGAUACCGAUGCUCUUGUGUCGUCAAUUAGCUUCAACCUAGGUCGCAGUUACGAAGCCCAGGGUCUCUCAGACAAGGCGGUCGAAGUGUAUGAGGGCCUCUUAAACCGCCACGACGACUACACCGACGCUCGAGCUCGUCUAGCAUACAUCAAGCUGCGCCAAAGCCCGAACAAGGAGGGCCCUGACGCCGUUGCCAAGCUGUACCAAGAAAACACGAGCGAUGUUGAGGUGCGUGCGCUGUACGGAUGGUACUUGGGCAAGGUUUCGAGAAAGCGACCUGGUAACGUCGCCGAGGACCCAGAAUUCCGUCACUAUAAGCAUACCUUGCAAAAUUACGACAAACACGAUCGAUACGCCCUUGUCGGCAUGGGAAAUCUUCACAUGAUGCAAGCUCGCGAGAUGAGACGCGAGACGGAUGCGGACAAACAGAAGCGCAGUGCGGCCUAUGGCAAAGCUGUCGAGUUCUUCGAAAAGGCUCUGUCAUUGGACCCCAAAAAUGCGUACGCAGCACAGGGUGUCGCUAUUGCACUGGUAGAGGACAAGAAGGACUACAAAAAUGCACUCGCCAUCUUCAACAAGGUGCGCGAGACUAUCAAGGAGCCUAACCUCUACGUUAACCUUGGCCACAUUUAUGCCGAGUUGAAACAAUUCUCCAAAGCCAUCGAGAGCUAUGAGAUUGCUCUGUCAAAAGAGGGCAAGCAAAAUGAGCCCGUUAUCCUGGCUUGUCUUGGCCGCACGUGGCUUAACAGAGGUCGUGCAGAGCGUGAUAUUGACGCAUACAGUAAAGCCUUGGAAUGCGCUGAAAAGGCGUUGAAGGUUGCCCCCGAGCAGAUUCAUUACAAGUUCAACGUUGCUUUCGUCCAGAUCCAGCUUGUCACUGCUAUUCAGGGCAUAGAGGAAAACAAGCGCACGGCAGAGCAACUGGAAAAGGCAGCUGAGGGUCUCGAAGCUGCUAUCGAGUCACUGGAUGCUAUCGCAGCUCACCCACAGACGCCAUACCCCAAGCAUGACGUUGAACAGCGCGCCAACAUGGCUCGAAACACGCUGCGUAAGCAGCUUGAGCGAGCCAUUGGAAAGCAAAAAGAGUGGGAGGAAGUUAAUAAGGAGAAGAUUGCUGCUGCAAAGAGCCAGCGAGAAGCCGAGAUUAAGCGUCGUGAGGCGGAUCGCGCCGAAGUCUUGGCCAAGGAAAAGGAGCGCCAGGACAAGAUCCGCAAGGAGCGUGAAGAGAUGGCUGCCAAGGUCAAGCUCGAGACGGAGGAGCGAGAGCGAGAAUUGGAAGCGGAGCGCGCGCGAAAGGAGGCCGAGAUGACCGAGGACGAAGAGGGCAACAAGGUGAAGCGCAAGCGCAAGCCAGCACCCCGCGCCCCCGGUGAGGGCAGGUCGAAGCGGUCGUCCAAGAAGAAGACGGCCAAAGACGACGACGACGACGCCUCAGACGAAGGCACGCACGCCAAGAAGAGGCGCCGUCUUACGACACGCGAAAACUCCAAGUUCAAGUCGGCUGAGAUUGUCGUGGACAGCGACGAAGACGAUGACGGCGGCGCGGGCGGGGACGACGACGAUGAUGAUGACGUUCUCGACCGGGCCGACCGCAUCGGCCGCUCCAAUCCCGCCGCCUCGGACGCCGGCGAUGACGAGUCCAACGCUGGCGGCGGCGGCGACGACGACGGUGAAGACAAGAUGGAUGUUGAUGACGCGCCGCGCGAGGACGACGAGGACGACGGCGAGGCCGCGGCGCGGCAGCCUGCCAAGCGGGCACGCCGUGGCCGGGUCGUCGAGAGCGAUGAAGAAGAUGACGAGUAG